AUUGAGCAGCGGUGGACACACACACCUCCUUCUGCAGCUCCUGAGCUGGUGUUGUUGUUGGAGCUCCUGACUGCAGACAUGUUCCCAAAGCCCCGGCUAGGGAAGCGCUCUCCUUUCGGGGCGCUAGUGAGCUCCACCUGUCCGUCGGCGGGGACGCAAGCACACCUGGACACGCCUGGAAUCGCCGUGGCAACGGGUGCAGGACAACAAGGCAUCAACAGGGUCAAAGGUCAUUCCAAUCUGAAGCCCCGUCUCUUCUCUCAGGUGUACUUCCAGUGUGGAGGAGCAGGUGAACAUCCCGGCGUGCUCGGCCAGCCCAGCAGCGUCCAGCCAGACGCCUCCUCGCUCUGGCCGUCCCCUCGUCCCUUCUGUCCUUCAUCCUCGUCCAGCAGAUCCGUGUCCUCCUGCAUCGACGUCCCCAGAAGUUCCAGGAGUCAGAAGGAGGUGGACAUGGACGAGCUGAUGGCGGCCAUGGUCCUCAGCAGCCUGUCCUGCAGCCCGCCGCCCCAGGGCCCGGCCCACCCCGACCCUGCAGCUCCUGCGAUGGACUGCAGUGGUGGUGAGCUCUCUGACAGCGGCAGCAGCGGCUACUGGAGCGUGGGCCCCGCCCAGAGAAGCUCCGCGCCCCCCUCCCCUGAAGGACAGGCUGACGCCGACGCAGCCACGCCCCCCGACGAAGGCCUGGACAUGGAGCUGGACCAGGUUCUGUUUGACGAGCCGGCGCCACGGAAACGCAAGAACUCGGUGAAGGUGGUGUACAGGUGUCUGUGGCCGAGCUGUGCCAAGGUUCUGACAUCGGUGGUGGGAAUCAAACGUCACAUCAGGACAACACACCUGUGCCAUGGCGGUGAGCACGAGCGCUGCUCCCGCAGUGAGGAGGACUUCUACUACACCGAGGUCGACCAGUCGCAGCAUCACAACCCGGCUCCGCCUCCACUCUGUGGCCCCGCCCCCUCAUAUACAAACCCCACCCCCUCCUCUCCAAACUCCUCCCCCUCCUCUCCUCCCAGCCCGCCCCCUCCCUCUCCCCCGUCCCCGCCCCCUCCAGCCUGCAGCGCCCUGAGUAGCUCCGCCCCCUCCCAUUCUGACAGCGUCUGGACGGUCCAAUCAGAUCACUCCUACCAGGCUCCGCCUCCAAGCCACAGUCUAAUGCCAGCAGUUUUGCCGUCCUGUCGUCUGCCGGCCCCGCCCACCACCUGCACCCGCCAGGGUGCGACGUGCCGCGUGCGCUCGGUCAGCGUGGGAGAGCAGUGGCUGCAGCAGCACAGCGCCCCCUGCAGGAGGAUUCGCAGCGAGGCCAAGAAGUGUCGGAAGGUUUACGGCAUCGAGCACCGGGACCAGUGGUGCACGCCGUGCCGCUGGAAGAAGGCCUGCCAGCGCUUCCUGGACUGAGGAGAGGAGGAGGCGAGGAGGAAGCAAGGAGGAGGCGAGGAGGAGGCGAAGAGGAGGCGAAGAGGAGGCGAAGAGGAGGCAAAGAGGAGGCGAG